AUGUCUUUACUGACUGAGGAAAGUGUGAGGCGCAAUAGUGAGAGCGAGGGUGAUGCAGAGUCUCCAGAACACGACCCUCACUUUGAACCAGUUCUAUCGUUGCCUCUAGUGGAUAUUCAGACUAACGAAGAAGAUGAAGAAGAGCUAGCAAAAAUCCGCGCCAGGCUCUACAGAUAUGACACCGCCGACCACGAAUGGAAGGAACGCGGUACGGGUGACAUAAAAUUACUUCGCCACAAGUUAAACAAUACUGUAAGAGUUGUAAUGCGACGAGACAAGACACUAAAAGUUUGUGCAAAUCAUUUUAUAACUCCUGAUAUAAGAAUGAAUGUGCACUGUGGUUCUGACAAGGCUUUUAAUUGGUCAGUUUUUGCUGACUUUGCUGAUGAAACUAUGAAACAGGAAUUGCUUGCUAUAAAGUUUGGCACUGUGCAGAAUGCUGAACUAUGGAAAGCAAAGUUUGCCGAAGCCCAAGAAAUUGUAAGAACAAAAUGUUUCCUGUAUACCCAAGAUCUAUCAUCAGAUGAUGAGAGUAGUAUCACUAGAAGUGAAGACACAGAUACUCCAGAACCGAAGACUACCGAUAAACCAGAUGAGGAUUCAAAGAAAGACACUCUAGAAAGUCAUGGUGUGGUUUUAAAAUUAAAAGAACUGAAAGUGGAUAGUGAAAAAUCUGACUGA